UCUCUGCUGCAGACUGACUGCAGAGGGAGCCACCAGGCCUGCGACAGGACGGGACGCCUCUACCUGUACCACUACAACGAGGAGCAGCCCUGCAUCCCGCUGACUGAGAUCCAGAGAAUUGACACCGCUGCCGUCCUGGACAUCAAAUGGUGCCACAUUCCAGUUGCAGAACAUCCCAUGGUUGGCAUUGCAAACUCAAUGGGUGCUGUGGAGUUCUGCCACCUGACUGGCAGUGAGAAGAACAGCUGCAUGUUGGAGCCAUGCUUCAGGGUCGAUCUCGGUGCGCAGCGCCUGGCCUUGUCCUUAGACUGGUCCACAGGACGUGAGCAGUGUGGAUGUCCUUUGAGAGUGAUCAGCAGUGAUUCAGAGGGGAAGCUGAAUCUGUUCUCCAUAGAUGAAUCUGCACCUUCUGUGCACAUCCUGAACCAGUGGGAGGCUCACAAGUUUGAGGCCUGGAUUGCUGCUUUUAAUUACUGGAACAUUGAUAUUGUGUAUUCAGGAGGAGAUGACAGCCUGCUGAAAGGCUGGGACACCAGAUGCAAUCCAGAAACUCCAGUGUUCACCAGCAGGAGACAUUCAAUGGGUGUAUGCAGCAUUCAGUGCAGUCCCCACCGGGAGAACCUUCUGGCUACUGGCAGCUAUGAUGAGCACGUGCUGCUGUGGGACACCAGGAACAUGAGGCAGCCGCUGGCAGACACCCAUGUUGAAGGUGGAGUCUGGAGGUUGAAAUGGCACCCAACCUGUGAUUUUGUGCUGUUAGCAGCCUGCAUGCAGAGUGGAUUCAAGAUCCUUGACUGCCGUGGAAGCAUGGCGGAAAACACGGAGGAAUGUGUCAUCCUGUCAUCCUACGUCUUGCACAAUUCUCUGGCCUACGGGGCUGACUGGUCAAGGCUGUGUCCGAGGGAUUCCUUGGCUGCACUACAGGACUCUGCUGCUGUGUGCCAGCCUUCGGAGCAGCCUGUGGCACGGUCAGAGGAAGGAGAUGAGAGACUGAAUUUGCAGGUCCGAAACUUGAAGAUAAUUUAUGAGUCUCCUACAGCUACUUUUGAUGUGAUAUUGGAUGAGGACAGUGAAGGCCCUGUCUUGCAGCUCAAAGCAGAGGAGGGUCCUAAGUUGUCUGGGGAUCCUGACCUGGGUAGGAAACCUGAUUUAAAGGAGGGGUCAGGUUUGGGUGGGGGUGCUGAGCGAGGGGACAGUCCCGAGUCAGCCAGCAGUUCUGACCUGGGAGUUAAGAGAUCCAAUGGAAUUGGCCUAGAUGGAAGUUGUGAUUCAGUCAGGUCUUCAGACAGCCCCAAAGCAACGAGCAUUGUAGCAACUUGUUCUUUCUAUGAUAAUAUCCUACAUGUCUGGAAGUGGGAAAUGAACCUGACCAACGCUUCAGAGAGGGCCAGUACUAGAUCCCCUUCUGAAAGGACAGCUGAAAGUUGGCACUGACAAGUCCCAAGGUAAAGGGGAAGGAAGCUUCUGUACUGACAUUAGCAUCUAAGCUAACACCCUCAUUUUUUUAUUAUUUUUUUUCCAAUUCAUAUUGUUGAGUUUGUGAAUCUUUAAAAGCCAAUAAUGAUGGAAUAAUUUCAUGAUGGUUUUAAUUUCAGCACUGAGGAAAGCCUUUGCUUUGAGAAAUGUAGUCAAGCACAAACACAUUUAUUUAGUUUUCCCUUAGGGUACUAAUUCAGAGUAGGACAGCCUUCCUUUCAGAGGCUUCUUGUUUGUGCAGUAUAUUUGAAUCUCCUCAGAGCUGGUUUGCAUCUGUAUGACUGAUCUGUUAAGCCCAUUUUCCUCCUUCCAAAACAAACCAGACUUGUCUGUGCUACUACAUGUAGGCAAACACGGUAUGUGAUCAGAGGUUUUCAUGAAUUUCUCAGAAAAAAGCCCAUGAGUAGAGGCUUAGGUGUGUACGUAGCUUGUGUGAUCUGUAAACUGGUAUGUACUUUGAGAAGACAAUCAAAGACAGUCCAGAUGCUGACAGUGCAGUGCUUACCGUGAUCUUUAAUAGAGAAGUUCUUUCUAAGAAAGAAAUCCAGACUGACUGAAAGGACAGAGAGUAGUUCAGCAAUAGCAGGCUUCAUUCUGAGCAGGGCCUUUCUUGUAAGGGUUCUGGUGAUGCCUGCACACUGAUUUUACUUCAGACUCAUCACCUGGAUGCAAUCUCAUCUUAUUGCUCUCCACGCUAAGCACAAAUUGGUUUAGUAGAAACUGUGUAGUGAGCCCUGCUUAUAUCUUAGUGCCACACUUAACCCAUCCUGCCCCUUCCCCACACACUCUGGGUGUCCAGCUCAUCUUUUCUGUUCUCCAUAGUG